AUGGGCGGAGCACCCGCGUUCAGCGGCAACGCGUCCGGCCGCUCCAAGGGCAACAUGUACGGAGAGGCCGGAAGGGGUAAGGGCCAUCACGCUGCACGCGGCCGCGGCGGCCAGGGCGACGGCGACUGGAAGAACCAGAAGUCUAGGCUGCAGAUGGCGCAGGAGGAGGACGCCCUCGAGGCUGGGCUCGGCUUCGUGAACUUCACGGAGGGCGACGAGAGGCUCGGAUGGCUGGUCAACGUUUCAUCGACCACGGUUCAGGAGGCGGAGACCGGCAAGGAGUUCAGCGCCGUCAACUGCUACUUCAUGCAGCAGGACGGCGACACGUUCAAGGCUCAGGUCCGGUACGCGCCCUACUUCCUCAUCGCCACCAAGCCCAACUGCGAGCACGACGUCGAGGCGUUUCUCCGCCGCCGGUACGAGGGCAAGAUCCACGACGUCACCGUGCUCGACAAGGAGGACCUGGACCUCAAGAACCACCUGAGCGGGCUGAAGCAGAAGUACCUCAAGGUGACGUUCGCGACGGUGCAGGACCUGAUGGACGUCCGCCGCGAAGUGUUGCCCAUGGUGAAAAAGAACCAAAGCAGGUCCGAAGCCGCGGAGGCGUACGAAGCGCUGCACCAGAUGGAGGCCAGCGCGGUGACUCACCAGGGUCGCGCGCACCACGGCGUCAGUCGCGGCGGCGAGCAAAAGUCCACCAAGGGCAAGAGGGCCAUCGCCAACUACGCGGACGCCAUGAUGGACAUCCGCGAGUACGACGUCCCGUACCACAUGCGCUUCCUCAUCGACACGGAGACGAGGUGCGGGUGGUGGUACCAGGUCAAGGUGAAGCAAGGGGAGGUGACGAUGACGCACAGGAAGGACAUGUUGGCGCGCGGGGAGGUCAAGAUCUGCGCGUUCGACAUCGAGACCACCAAGCUGCCGCUCAAGUUUCCAGACGCCGAGUACGAUCAGGUUUUCAUGAUCUCGUACAUGCUGGACGGGCAGGGGUACCUGAUCAUCAACCGCGAGGUGGUGAGCGCCGACAUCGAGGAUUUCGAGUACAGCCCCAAGCCGGAGUACCCCGGGCCGUUCAUCGUGUGGAACGAGCCCGACGAGGCCGCCUUGCUUCGUCGUUGGUUCGAUCACAUGCGCGAAGUGCAACCCUCCGUCUACGUCACGUACAACGGCGACUUUUUCGAUUGGCCCUUCGUCGAGACCCGCGCGGAGAAGAACGGCAUGAGCAUGUACCUCGAGCUGGGUAUGAGGUGCGACAGGAAGACGGGCGAGUGCCGCUCGAGGAGCGCACUGCACCUCGACGCCUUCGCCUGGGUGAAGCGUGAUUCGUAUCUUCCCGCCGGGUCCCACGGCUUGAAAGCGGUGACCAAGGCGAAGCUGGGAUACAACCCGGUGGAGGUUGACCCGGAGGACAUGCUCCCGUUCGCGCAGGAGCAGCCGCACCACAUGGCGGCCUACUCGGUGUCCGACGCGGUGUCCACCUACUACCUGUACAUGACCUACGUGCACCCGUUCAUCUUCUCGUUGGCCACCAUCAUCCCGCUGUCGCCCGACGAGGUUCUGCGGAAAGGCUCCGGUACCCUGUGCGAGGCUCUCCUGAUGGUGGAGGCGUAUCGCGCCAACAUCGUGUGCCCGAACAAGACGCAGAGCGCCGGGGAAAAGCACUACAAAGGCCACCUGCUGGAGUCCGAGACGUACAUCGGCGGACACGUGGAGUGCCUCGAGGCUGGGGUCUUCCGGGCGGACAUUCCCACCAAGUUCAGGAUGAACCCCAAGGGAUACCAGGGCUUGCUCGACUCCCUCGACGAGGAUCUCAAGUACGCGCUGUACCACGAGGGUAAGAAGAUGACGCCGGAAGACGUCGAGAACUACGACGAGGUACGCGCCGCCAUCGCCGAGAAGCUGGUGGACCUGAGGGACAACCCGGUCCAGAUGGCCAAGCCGCUCAUCUACCACCUCGACGUCGCGGCGAUGUACCCAAACAUCAUCCUCACCAACCGGCUCCAACCCCCGGCGAUGGUCACCGAGGACGUGUGCGCCGCGUGUGACUUCAACCGGCCGGGUAAGACCUGCCUUCGCGAGAUGGAGUGGCUCUGGAGAGGCGAGCACUACGCCGCCACGUCUUCCGACUAUGCCGCCAUCAAGGCACAGCUCGAGGCUGAGAAGUUCCCCCCCAAGGCGGACGGCACGGGCGACGGGCGCCCGAGGUACUGGGCGGACCUCUCGUACGAGGAGCAGGCGGCGGCGAAGAAGAACCGUCUUAAGAUGUACAGCCAGAAGGUUUACAAGCGCGUGUUGGACAAGCCGAUCACCGAGAGUAAGAUGGCGGGUAUCUGUCAACGCGAGAAUGGCUUCUAUGUCGACACCGUGAAGAAUUUCCGCGACCGCAGGUACGAGUACAAGGGCCUGAACAAGACGUGGAAGGGCAAGUUGGGCGACGCGAAGAAAAGCGGCAACCCCAUCGCGGUGCAGGAGGCGAAGGACAUGGUGACUCUUUUCGACUCGCUCCAGCUGGCGCACAAGUGCAUCCUCAACUCCUUCUACGGGUACGUCAUGCGCAAGGGUGCGCGCUGGUACUCGAUGGAGAUGGCGGGCGUGGUGACGUACACGGGCGCGAAGAUCAUUCAGAUGGCCAAGAGGCUGGUCGACGACAUCGGCAAGCCCCUGGAGCUGGACACAGACGGCAUCUGGUGCUGCCUCCCGGGGACCUUCCCCGAGGAGUUCACGCUCAAGCCCAAGGAGGGCGUGAACAAGAAGAAGCUCACCAUCUCCUACCCGUGCUCCGUGCUCAACCGCCUGACCGCGCUGCAGUGCACAAACGAUCAGUAUCAGACCCUCACGGACAAGGAGAAGAGGACCUACGAGAGCUCCUCCGAGAUGACCAUCGAGUUUGAAGUCGACGGCCCGUACAAGGCCAUGAUCCUCCCGGCGUCCAAGGAGGAAGGGAUCCUCAUCAAGAAGCGAUACGCCGUGUUCAACUUCGACGGCUCGCUCGAGGAGCUCAAGGGCUUCGAGGUGAAACGCCGCGGAGAGCUCAAGCUCAUCAAGAUGUUUCAAACCGAGGUGUUUGACGAGUUCCUCAAGGGGACCACGCUGGAGGAGGUGUACGAGGCCGUUGGCAAGGUUGCAAACAAGUGGCUGGACAUGCUCGACAGCAAAGGCAGGGACCUCACCGACGAAGACCUCGUCGACUACAUCUCCGAGGCGACCACGAUGUCCAAGAGCCUCGAGGAGUACGGCGACAGGAAAUCGUGCGCGACGACCACGGCGAAGCGUCUCGGCGCUUUCAUCGGCGGCGACAUCGCCAACGAUAAGGGUCUCAAGGCUCAGUACAUCAUCACCAAGAAGCCCGCGGGGGCGCCCACGUCGCAGCGCGCGGUGCCGGUGACCAUCUUCCAGGCGGAACCCGCAGUGGCCCGAUCGUUCCUCCGCGAUUGGACCAAGGAUUCCCCCCCCGGCGACGCCGACGAGGUCCCCGACAUGAGGGAGCUCCUCGACUGGGACUACUACAAGACCCGACUGGCGAGCGCGAUCCAGAAGAUCAUCAGCAUUCCCGCCGCGCUGCAGCACGUCCCGAACCCGUGCCCCAGGGUCACUCACCCCGACUGGCUCCACAAGAUGGUGCGCGAGAAGGAUGACAAGUUCAAGCAGCGCAAACUCGCCGACCUGUUUGGUGCGCACGACGCUAAGCGCGAGCUCCUCGCCGCCAAGGACCCCAACGCGCCGGAACACGACGCCGCCCACACGCCGGGCAAGAAGGCGCGCGGCGACGAGCUCGACAUGGAGGACGCGGCCGGGGCGGCGCCGGGCACCCUCAUCGGCAAGACGAGCGGCCCGAGGGUCCAACGUUUUUUCCGCGGCGUCGAGGACUCCGCCCCGGGCGGCGGCGUCCCGACCACCCCGGAGACCGGCGCGGUCGCCGCGAGAACACUCCCGGGCUCUGGGCCGUCCCCCGCGGACGGGGGCAACGUCACCGGCAACGUCCGCCGCCGCAACGCCUUGGACCCGGUGGAGAUUGCGCGCGAGGCUUUCGAGUCACUCGGCGCGUGCCCCGACAAGCGCCAAGACUUUGACGGUUGGCUGCGUCACCACAAGGCGAAGUGGCGUCUGCAACGCGCCGAGCGCAAGCGACGCAGGGUGCAAGAGGCUGACGCGCUCGCCGCGGCGGGCGGGGUCACCCCCGGGUUUGGGCGAUCCAUGACCCGUCCGAGAACCUUGGGCCCCGGCGGCUUGGGCGCCUUUGUCGAGUCUCGCGAGCGAACGCUGGCGACGUCCGCGUGGCAGCUCGUCCAGAUCGAGCCCGCCGCGGCCGGGCCCGGUCACUUCACCGCGUGGGUCCUCGCCGCGGGCACCAUCCACUCCGUCCCGAUCAAGGUUUCGCGCCGCCUCGCCGUCGCGAUGCGCUCGCCCGACAGGGAGGGCGACCUCGGCCUGGGCGGCAAGAAGCGCGUCUCGGCUAUUCUUCCCAGAGGCGCCAAGGCUGAGCACGUGUACGAGGUGAAGAUGGAGGAAUCCGAGUACGCGUCCGGUCUCGAGGUGAUGGACCUGCUCGCCAACCCCAACGUCGUCGGCGUCUUUGAGAGGCACGUGCCUUUGCUCGAGGCGGCGGUGCAAAAGAUCGGCUGCGUCGCGUCGCUCAGGCGCGACGAGUCUCGCGCCGACGGCCAGGUGUUGGAGUACGACCUCGACCAGCUCGAGAUGCGAACCACCGCGGAGUGCGGCUACGUGCCUCUGGCGAAGCCGGACGCGUCCCAGGCGGUGAGGGGCAUGAUGCGCCACGUGUCUUUGUACCGCGCGGGUGACAAGGGUAAAGGCGUGUACGCGUUGCACACCCCGGCUACCGGGUCCGGGGUUUUGGUGGUGGUGGAGCCCGGCGCGGUUGGAAACGGGCGGAGGAACCAGGGCGUCCGCGAAGUGUCCGUCCCCGCGAUGGACCGCGCGUGGCGCGCGGCGAGGGCCGAGGUGUCAUCGGCGGACGGCGACGACGCGGCGACUCAAAGUGCGGACGGCGCAAUCGAUUGGACCGUGGAAUACGUCAAGGAUGACGAAUCCGCGGGCGCGGCGGUGUCCCGUCACCUCCAGGCGUACCUCGAGGAUCCCAAGGGACCCGCCGUGUGCGUCGUGGAGGCGCCCGGGGACUCGGGCGUCGACGUUGUCGACGGGUCGUCGAUCCGGCGCGAGGGCGUCGCCGGCAGGCUCGGCGCGAUCAUCCCGGCGCUGGCCAGGCUCCCCGUGGUUCACGUCCCCGCCAACGCCGCCGACACCGCGUCCAUGCCCGCGAUCGGUUGGCAGGUGAACGCCGCCAAGACGGCGUGCACCAGGCUCGCCGCGCACGGUGACUGGCUCGCCGAGCGCGUCGCCAUCUCCCGCUACGCGCACAUACCCGUGGGCAACCUCGGGCAGGACUGGUGCCUGCACACGGCGGACACGUUUUUCGCUCGCGCGCUUCGCGAUUCUUCCCAACUUUUAUGGACGGGGCCCGGCGGCGUCCCCGACCUGGGCGGCGGGUCCGGCGACGGCGCGCUGUCGGGUUUGGACGAUACCCUCCAGACGACGCGCGCGGAGGUGAACAACCCGGGCGCGUACCGGUGCGUGUGCGUCGAGCUGAAAGCGCACCACCUCGCCGUUUGCGCCAUCGCCAACGCGCACCUUCUCAACGAUCUGGAGCAGGGCGCCUUACUCGGGUACGAGCAGAACACGGUGGGUUCGGGUAAGGAUAACGGCGAUAGCGGCGUGAGGGGCGGUCACGAGGCUGCCGCCGCGUUCAGGACGCUCAGGACGCUCGUCAAUAACUGGCUGGUUGACGCCACGGAGCGAAGGAACCCGUACGCGGAUGCGCUCCUCGGGCAGCUCAGGCGAUGGCUCCUCUCCGCGUUCUCCACCCUUCGCGAGCCCGCGCUGAGGCACCUCGUGGAGCUGUGCAUGAAGAAGGUGUUCACCCUGCUCCUCGCGGAGGUGAAGAAGCUCGGGGCGACGGUCGUCCACGCGGACAUGCAGACGAUCACCAUCGCGACGGGGAAGCACCGGCUCGCCUCUGCCGCGGCUUUCGUGGACGGCUUGCGAGCGUCGCUUCGACGCCGCGAGCUCUUCUCGUGGCUGGAGCUCGAGCCCUCGCGCCAGUGGCACUCGCUCCUGUUUCGAGGGCCGUACGACUACGGCGGUUUGCUCGCGUCCGCGCUGCCCGGCGCCAAGCAGUGGUCCGGCCACGACACCCUCGGCCCCGACGAUUUCGAGCUCGACCCCGUGGCGACGCGAGCCGCGGGCGUCGCGGAAGCCGCCGAGGCGCUGGACAUGCACUGGAACAUCGCCAGCUUCUUGCCGGAGUCGAUCCGCGAGCACUUCGAGGUUGUCGUGUCCGAGUUCAUAUUCCGACCGUGGAAGCGGGACUUUGGCGGCGGAUUGGACGACGAGCGGAGCGACGACGUCGAGUACGUCGACGGAUUGGACGACGGCGAGGGGGACGACGCGGAGGCCGCGGUUCCGCCGCCGCUCGACACCGAGGGCUUGGAGCACGAGGGCGACGAGGCCCUCGACGAGUGUCUCCUCGACGCCACCCCGCCCCAGGCGCGCGAGGCGGCCAGCCAACCCGGUCAAGGGGGCCAGGAGGAGAACGAGCCUCUUCAAAACGCGCGAACCCCGUUGGUUGGGGGCCGAGAGGCGGCGGAGGCUGCCGAGGAGGAACGCGCCGCGUGGCUCGCCGGCCAGGUGGGCGGCUACUUCUCCCAACGCAUCCUCCGUUUGGUGGGCGAGAUCAACCGCGUGCUCGGCCCGGGAACGGCGAGGCACCUCGGGCCGCAGCACAAAUUCCCGACGCCGCCCGGCGCGCACCUGCCCAAAGACCUCCGCGGCUCACCCGCGCUUGCGUUUGUCAAGACGCUCUGCGCGGCGCUGUCGCUGGAUGUGAGCGUGGAGGGACCGGUGUCGCUGCUUCGAAAGAACGCGCUCAAGCUCCUCCGGGUCCCGGAGUAUUCGCCGCAGGCUGAGUUUCGCGAGCCGUGCGUCACGUUCGUCAUGCGCGACGCCGUGUGCAACUACUGCAGCGCGUGCGCGGAUCUGGACCUGUGCCGAGACGAGAGGCUGGUGGAGGACGCCAACUGGGAUUGCGCUUCGUGCGGGAACCCGUACGAUCCGCAGUGGAUCGAGGGCACCCUCGUGGCGCACGUCAACGAGCGCGUCAGGCAGGCGCAGCUGCAGGACCUGCGAUGCACGCGGGACAGGCGGAUCAAGGUGAGUCACCUCGCGGCGCGGUGCGCGUGCGGGGGUAUGUACGGCUGCGUGGAGGAUGCUUCGGCGACGGCGGAUGAUCUCCGGGUGAUGCACGACAUCGCGAGGCACCACGACUUUAAGGUGCUGCGGGACGUGGUGGAGUGGGUGGUUCGCGCGUCGCCGAACCUGUCGCACGCCAGAGCGGUGCUGGACGUCGAUACAGACGGAAAGUGACGUCGAGAGGGACGAGCGAGUCGCAUCUUCAUGUCGAAAAUUCGAUUUGACAUUAAUGGGUAACUUUUUAGAGUCGCUGACCAAUAAUAUACCUAUCAAUCGUG